AUGUGGGGAAAUAUUCCUAGUUGCUUGGGGGAUAUGACUUCCUUAAGGGAGGUUUAUCUUGAUUCCAAUAACUUCAUUGCUAGCAUACCUUCAAGUCUAUGGAAGCUCAAAGACAUCAAGAGGUUUAACUUGUCUUCUCAUUUCUUCAAUGGUUCUCUAUCACUAGAAGUUGGAAACAUCAAGGCUGCACUACUACUGGAUCUUUCUAGAAACCAUAUCUCAGGCAACAUUCCAAGCACAUUGGGAGGUCUACAAAAAUUGAUUCAACUAUCUUUGGCUCACAAUAGAAUUGAAGGAUCUAUACCUGAGACAUUUGGGGAACUCAUAAAUUUGGAAACUUUAGAUCUUUCAUAUAACAAUAUGUCUGGUGUGAUUCCAAAGUCAUUAGAGGCACUUAAGCAACUAGACUCCUUUAAUGUCUCGUUCAACAAGUUACACGGUGAAGUUCUGAGUGGAGGACCUUUUGUUCAUCCUCCUUACCAGUCUUUCAUGUCGAAUGAAGGAUUGUGUGGUAAUCCUCAAAAGCAUGUCCCAUCUUGUCCCUUAUAUUCAAAGAAUCGUUCUAAUUCAAAGAAAAGAAGAAUGAUAUGGAUUGUAGUUGCCUCUUCGGUUAUCUUUGUGAUAGGGCUUGCUUCAGCAAUAGUUUUCGUGUUGAUUAGACGUCGGGGUAAAACAAUCAAUGAUGAAGAUGCCUGGUUGCCUGAGGUAGCACCGCAAAGAAUUUCUUACUAUGAACUUCAAAGAGCAACCCAUGGCUUUGAUGGAAAUAACUUGCUAGGUAGUGGAAGGUUUGGUUCUGUUUAUGAAGGGACAUUGGCAGAUGGGAUGAUUGUAGUUGUUAAAGUUUUCAAUGUGCAGCUGGAAUGUACAUUUCAAAUCUUUGAUAGAGAAUGUGAAAUCUUGAGGAAUAUUCGUCACCGAAAUCUAACCAAUAUCAUUAGUAGUUGUUGUAACUUGGAUUUUAAAGCAUUGAUACUUGAGUACAUGCCAAAUGAGAGCUUAGACAAGUUGCUAUAUUCUCGAGAUUAUUGUUUAGCUAUAAUACAAAGAUUAAAUAUCAUGGUCGAUGUUGCAUCUGCUUUUGAAUAUCUACAGCAUGCUUACUCAGUACCAGUUAUUCAUUGUGAUUUGAAGCCUAGCAACGUGUUGCUUGACAACGACAUGGUGGGACACGUAACUGACUUUGGCAUUGCGAAACUUUUAACUAAGGAAGAAUCUAUUGCUCACACUACAACCUUUGCCACAAUUGGUUACAUUGCUCCAGAGUAUGGUUUUGAAGGCCUUAUAUCCAAGAGGUCUGAUGUUUAUAGUUAUGGUAUCAUGUUGCAAGAAACUGUUACCGAGAAGAGACCUAAUGAUGAAAUGUUCUCGGGAGAUUUGAAUUUGAGAAGCUACGUGCAUAAUUCGCUUCCUGAUGAGUUGGAUCAAAUCAUAGAUGCUGACUUGCUAACACUAGAUGAGCAAAACUUAUGUCAAAAGCUGCAAUGUGUGUCAUCCAUUAUGGAGCUAGCCAUGAAUUGCACAUCUAAUAUUCCAGUUGAAAGGAUGAAGAUGACUGAUGUGCUAGCAACCUUGAAAAAGAUUAAACAGAAGCUUUCUUCUUGUUAUUGA